GAUUUUUGGGCGCGUCGUAGAAAGCGUGCGAUGGACAGCCAGACUCAAUACAUAUAGUACUGUUAGUCUUGCACUCACUUGACCGGCAAGCUACCUGCCUAGUGCCAUGAUCAGAAGUCUCGCUGGAUGCUGAGACCAGUGGCUGCCUUGAAACAUAAUGGAACGCUUCGAGACAAUUCAGCAUCAAGCUGGUGACGAAGACGCACUUGCUGAUGAAGAGCCAUCUCUGCUCGUUGUCAUUCUCGACACAAAUCCCAUCGCUUGGGAAGCAUUACAGCUUCAGCUGCCAUUCGAAAAAGUCCUUGCUGAUGUGCUCGUCUUUGUCAAUGCGCAUAUUGCCUUUGAUCACGCCAAUCAGGCCGUCUUGAUUGCCUCUCACAUCGAUCGCGCGUGCUAUCUAUAUCCAACACCUGAAACGAGGUACGAACAUCAGGUCGAUCCACAUCGCGCUGCAAACGCAUAUCGGCCGUUUAUUGUCGUACAAGACCAAGUUGUACAGAAUCUAAAGACUCUGAUUGACAAUACAACGACAGAGCACAUUGCCGCUCAAAAAGCUUCAAUGAUGUCUGGUGCCAUCACACUCGCACUGGGUUAUAUCAACAAGUUGAAUGCUGCACGGAACGAAACAACAACGGCUGCUGGAACUGAGGCCAUGGGAACAACGACUUCGCAGCAGCGCGUCAAGGCACGGAUCCUAGUCCUCUGUGCCUCGGGUGAUUUGGCCUUCCAAUACAUUCCCAUGAUGAACUGCAUCUUUUCUGCACAAAAACUGCAUGUUCCAAUAGACAUCAUAAAACUCGCUGGGGAUGCCGUCUUUCUACAGCAAGCAAGCGAUGCCACAGGCGGUACCUAUAUGGAUGCAUCCUCAGCGAACGAUAAUGGUGGUGGCUUUCUACAACGACUCAUGAUGAUUUACUUGCCAGAUCAAAAUCUGCGCAAGCACUUGAACCUGCCAAAGCAGGAGAAUGUCGAUUUCAGAGCUGCCUGCUUCUGUCAUAAGCGUGUACUUGACGUUGGCUUUGUCUGCUCCGUGUGUCUCUCAAUUUUUUGCUCACCGAUACCCAAGUGUUCAGUCUGUGAGGCUGAUUUCAAUAUACAAGAACUCAAAGCAUUCGGAGCGAAACCACAAGUCGCAAUACAAAAGAAGAAGAAACGCCUCGGCGAGAGCACAAGUACAGAGACGCCCAUCGAGAUAUAAUAAACAAAGUCUUGCAAUCUCCUAUAUUUGUACAGCUAUGUAAUGCACA